AUGGCCCUCACCCCAGUAUGGUACGGUCACCAGCGGCCCGGAAUGAUGGUGAGACAACUUGUCUGGCAGCGGGCAACUGCCACUCGAAGGCUGGCCCCGAAAUGCCUUUCCCCACAGCAUUUAUUCCACCGCCGUGGUCUCGCCACGGAGGCCUCCGCCGCGAAUUCUCGCAUGCCCCCAUAUCCCAAGAUUGUGCGAAAUCUGGAGGAGGUACGACGGGUGCUGGGUGCGGCGCGCUCGCUCACCCUCGCCGAGAAGAUCCUCUACACCCAUCUGGCCAACCCAGAGGAGUCCCUGUUGACUGGUACGGAGAAUGGACGAGACAUUCGUGGGAAGGCCAAUCUGAAGUUGAAGCCGGAUCGUGUGGCCAUGCAGGAUGCGUCGGCUCAGAUGGCGCUGUUGCAGUUCAUGUCGUGCGGGUUGCCGUCGACCGCCGUACCCGCUAGUAUCCACUGUGACCACAUGAUCGUUGGGGAACGGGGAGCCGAUACGGACCUUCCAGCGUCGAUCGAGGGCAACCGUGAGGUGUUUGAUUUCUUGGAGAGUGCCGCCAAACGAUAUGGCAUUGAAUUCUGGCCUCCCGGGGCCGGAAUCAUCCACCAGAGUGUGCUGGAGAAUUACUCUGCUCCUGGACUGAUGAUGCUGGGGACCGACAGUCACACUCCCAAUGCCGGUGGUCUGGGUGCCAUCGCUAUUGGAGUAGGAGGUGCUGAUGCCGUGGAUGCACUGGUCGACGCCCCUUGGGAGUUGAAGGCUCCCCGCGUGUUGGGGGUGCGGCUGGAAGGCCGACUUAACGGCUGGGCCGCACCUAAGGACAUCAUCCUGCACCUGGCCGGGAAGCUGACCGUCCGCGGCGGCACGGGCUUUGUGAUUGAGUAUCACGGACCCGGUGUUGAGACGCUGAGCUGCACAGGCAUGGCCACAAUCUGCAAUAUGGGUGCCGAAGUUGGCGCCACGACCUCGGUUUUCCCUUUCUCUCCCAGCAUGAUUCCCUACCUCCAAGCCACUGGUCGUGGACAUGUCGCUGAGGCGGCCGCCGCCAUCGCCGCCUCGGGCCCUCGGAAUUUGCUCCGGGCGGAUCGCGAUGCGGAGUACGACCAGCUUAUCACCAUCAACUUGUCAACCCUGGAGCCCCACAUCAACGGUCCCUUCACCCCUGACCUAUCAGUGCCACUAUCCGCCUUCGCCAGCACCGUGCGCGAGAAAGAGUGGCCGCAGACCUUUGGUGCAGGUCUCAUCGGCAGCUGCACCAACAGCUCCUACGAAGAUAUGACCCGUGCCGAGGACCUAGUCAAGCAGGCCUCCGCCGCCGGUCUGAAGCCCGCCUCGGAUUUCUUCAUCACACCGGGCAGCGAGCAGAUCCGCGCCACCUUGGACCGCGACCAGACCUUAUCGACCUUCUCCGCAGCCGGCGGCACUGUACUCGCCAAUGCCUGCGGUCCCUGCAUCGGGCAAUGGAAGCGCACCGACGGCGUAGCCAAGGGAGAGGACAACGCCAUUUUUACCUCGUACAACCGCAAUUUCCCCGGCCGUAACGAUGGCAACCGACGCACGAUGAACUUCCUGGCCUCACCUGAAAUCGUCACGGCUCUAGCGUACUCGGGCCGUACGACCUUCAAUCCCAUGACCGACAGUCUACCAACGCCGUCGGGCGGCGAGUUCCGCUUCCAGCCGCCGACGGGCCAUGCUCUCCCAAGCCAAGGCUUCGCCGAUGGCAAUCCCGCUUUCCAGCCGACGACCGCCGUACCCGACCCGAACUGCAAUGUCAUCGUGUCGCCCACGUCGGAGCGCCUGGCGCUGCUGGAGCCUUUUGCCCCGUUCCCUGCGGGCGAGCUGUCGGGACUGAAGGUGCUCUACAAGGUGCGCGGUCAGUGCACUACAGAUACGAUCUCCGCGGCCGGCCCAUGGUUGAAGUACAAGGGCCACCUGCCCAAUAUUUCCGCCAACACGCUGAUCGGCGCCGUCAAUGCCGCGACGGGGGAAACCAACGUAGCAUACGACGAGGCGGGCCAACCGCACGGGAUCCCCGAGCUGGCUGAACAGUGGAAGGCGCGAGGCAUCGAGUGGCUGGUGGUGGCCGAAGAGAACUACGGCGAAGGUAGUGCGCGAGAACACGCCGCGUUGCAGCCGCGGUAUCUGGGGGGACGGAUCAUCGUAUCCAAAAGCUUCGCUCGCAUCCAUGAGACCAACCUGAAGAAGCAGGGCGUGGUGCCUUUGACGUUUGCCAACCCAGCGGACUACGAUCGCAUCGACGCAUGCGAUACGGUCGAGACAGUUGGAUUGUACGAUGUGCUGCAGUCUGGCGGCAAGGGAGAGAUCCAGCUGCGUGUGCAGAAGCGGACGGGUGAGACGGUGGACAUUCCAGUUCGUCAUACGUUGAGUCCGGAUCAAUGUGGGUUUGUUCUGGCAGGGAGUGCAUUGAAUUUGUUGGCGCAGCAAGGGAAAAGUGAUUAG